AUGCAGUGUCACUUCUUCCUCGUCGGUGACGAACCGUCCUCAGCACAAGCAGUCGACGUCCAGUCUAGCUGGAAAUUUGAUGAUCUACAGCGUGCUGUAGGGCUCACCUUUCAUGUUGCACAGCCGUUAGGAAUCUCCUUUCACAAUGCACAAUCUGAAACCCUCUCGUCUGUCGAGGACAUCAUCGCAGCAAACAGCUCUGCAACCAACCCCAUCGGCCUCCGAGUUGACGGCAAUGCUGUGCAAACCCCUCAAGGUCCCGCGGGCCUCCCUCUAGUCGGCAGCUUCUACGAGAUCUUCCCCGACCACCUAGGCAAUCACUACCGUCUCUUCCGCAAAUACGGCCCUGUAAUCAAAACAACCAACAUGGGCAAGACAACAUACCUCACAGAGAGCCCCCAAGUCGCCGCAACCUGUUUCUCCGAGUCUAUCUACAUGACCAAGAAAAUCAACGAGAACCAUCCCCUCUGGGGUGUAAAAGAUAACACGGCAAUCUUCAUCGGCGACACCGAAACAGAGAACUGGCGCCUCGCGCAUAAGUAUCUUCCACCAGCUAUGGGACCCAAGGCUGUUCGACACUACACGAGUCUCAUGCAGAACUGUGUACGGAAAUCACUUCCCAUCUUCGAUGAACUAGACUCCCGCGACGAAUCUUGGAAUGUAUACCAGUACAUGGUGAAACUUGCCAGCGAAACCAUCGGAUCGUUCUCCCUAGGAAAGGAAUUCGGACACUUCAAGUCCAUCGAUUCAGAUCUUCACCCUGUCGUCACGAAUAUCGCAACUUUACUUUCAUUGAACAAGAAAAUCACCGCGCGCGGCGAAUGGUACCGCCACCUCCCCUUCGGCGACCCAGCGCGUCUCCGCCACGUCCAACACACAAUCUACACCAUGCUCCAGGAAUCCGUUGACGAAGUCGCCGCCCGAUCAACAAGUAAAGACGCCCCCAUGGCCGAAGCUGCACUUUCCGCUUCCUGUGUAGUCGAUUACCUCCUACAUGCAGUCGACGACAAGGGCGAGCAUUUCCCCAACGAUCUGAUCCUAGCCAACAUGCUAAUCGUCACGGGCGCCGGCUUCACAACAACAUCUUCUCUCCUCUCCUGGCUAAUCUACUGCCUGGUGGCAUACGAAGGAACCCAAGACCGUCUCUACGCCGAACUCGUCGAAUACGGAAUCGUGGGCCGUAACGGCUCCAAUCCAAACAAAACAACCUGGACCCCCGACCUCGCCCACUCCCUCCCCUACCUGAACAACUUCAUAAAAGAGACCCAACGCCUCCACAACCCCUCCUUCCAACCAGGCCGAACCACAAAAACAACCACAGUCCUCCCAGGCGGCUAUCGGCUUCCUGAGAACAGUGUAAUUGUCCCGGCCAUCCACGCAAUCCACACGAAUCCAAAGAUAUGGAAUGACCCCUUCAGGUUUAACCCGGAUCGAUGGGACGAUGAAGAGAUGACUAAAAAGUUGCAUCGGUGCGCAUAUGUGCCGUUUGCGACGGGGCCGAGAGGGUGCAUCGGGUUUAAUUUUGCUUUGUUGGAGGUGAAGAUUCUUCUUGCGGAGUUGGUGAGUAGGUAUGAGUUUGUCAGGGAGGGGAUGGAGAGUGUGGAGUAUGAUCCGGAAUUUCAGCUUGUGAGGCCGUUGAACUUGUAUGUUAGGGCGAAGAAGAGGGUUUGA